UAUAAUGCAUGAGAUACUGACUUUGCAGUUUGGGCAUUUUGCAAACUUUGUUGGGACACAUUUUUGGAAUUCUCAGGAGGCGUAUUUUACUUAUAAUGAAAGUUUAAAUGCUCCUAAGUCGGAAAUUGUACACGAUACUCUAUUUCGUGCUGGAGUUACUCCAAGGGGUAUUGAAACUUAUACACCACGGUUAUUGUUAUAUGAUUUGAAGGGUGGCUUUGGAUCUCUAAAGAAAAUUAAUAAACUCUAUGAAGAGUCCCCUGGAAAAAAUGAAUUGCACGAGUCUAAUUGGAAUGGACGAUCUGAAACUCAUGCUCAGAUGCCUUAUUCAAAAAAUAUAUAUUUACAGCAUUUAGAAAAUGAGGAGGAAUUAGUUUCUACCGAGGAAACAGAAAAUAAGAUGAAAAUAGAAACAGAAGAUUUUAAGUUAGACGAGACAGUUCAAUUUUGGUCUGAUUUUAAUAGGAUGUAUUAUCACCCAAAGAGUGUCAAUACUAUGAUGCAAUAUCAAUUUGAAGAUGAAUUUAUGCCUUUUGAUAUUUUUUCAUAUGGAAAGAAUGCAUUUUUGGCGCAUGAAAAGGAAUUAGAUUCUUUUGAUGAAAAUUUUAGGUUUUUUGUUGAAGAAUGUGAUGCGAUUCAGGGUUUUCAAGUAUAUACUAGUAUAAUUGAUGGAUUUGGAGGUUUUGCAUGUAGUUUUCUUGAACAACUACGUGAUGAGUAUCCGAAGACUGCUAUUUGGAGCUUUGGAAUUACCGAAAACAGAAGUUGGGCACCAAAAGGACAUAAUUCAUAUUAUAAACAAAUAUUAAAUAUUGCUCUCAGUACCACACAACUGACAGAAUUUUCUUCUCUAUUCAAUCCCAUAAAUACACCUGCUGCAAAUCAACCUAAUUUUAACUCAUUUUAUCAUCCAAACUUAAAUUUACCAUACCACACAAGCAGUAUUGUUUCUGCAGCUAUUGAAACAGCCACAUUGCCUUUCAGAUCACGUCACAAUUUUACAUCUAUGUUUGACUUGAUAACUCAACUUAAUUGGCGUGGAAAUACAAAGUUAGGAUCACUUGGUUUAGCAUUUCCUUUGCCUAUUAGCAAUUUUGGUGAAGUAGAUGUCAAUAAGCUGCUGCCUACGGAGAAUAAUAAUGUUAUACAAGAUUUAUCAAUGACUUUAAAUGGAAAACAAAAUGCAACAACAAUAUAUGGACAAUCCGUUGUAGUUAGAGGACUACCUAAUCAAUUUGAACCUUUGGCAGGACAAAACCCAAAGAACGCGUCCCAGAUUGCUGCAGAAAUUUUUCAGCGUUAUGAGUCUUUAAAUAGUGGAAGUUCAUCUUUUUUUUCGACUAACGUUACUUAUCCUAUUCCAAAUUCAUUUCCUAAAAUUUUCAGAUAUUUAAAUUCUAAUGGACAUGUUGAUAUGUCAGUUCCGAAUGAUAAAAUGCUAUCGGUUCAUUCAGUUCCUACACUUUCACAUCUUACUAUCUCCACUAAAUCUUAUAACUUUCUACAUCAACUUGCGAACAUACUUCAAAAUUUAAAUCUUAAUCUUCAUCCUGAAUAUGAAGAAGGAGAUAAAGGGUUAACAUGUGAUGAGUUUUUGGAAACGAGAGAAACGUUAUGGGAUCUCUGCGAGGCAUUUGAGGAGAAUAGUUCCUCAUUGCAUUAAUUACAAGAAUUACCAAAUUCAAGUUGUUAGAAAAUUUGUAUUAUUCAUAAGACGUAAAUAAAAGUAUCUAUUUAAAAG